AUGGCGGCGGGCGUGCCGCGGUAUUUGCUCCCGGCGGCGGUCCUCUUCUUGGUUGUUCUCAAUCUCAACUCGGCGGCGAUGGCGGCGGACGUGGACGGUGCCGCGGCGGCGCUGCUGGAGUUCAAGGGCGCGCUGCAGGACGUGGACGGCCGCCUCUCGACCUGGGGCGGCGCGGACGCGAGCGCGGGCGUGGACCCGUGCGGGUGGGCCGGCAUUGCCUGCUCCGCGGCCGGCGAGGUGACGGGCAUCACGCUCCACGGCCUCAACCUCCAGGGCGGCCUCUCCGCCGCCGUCUGCGCGCUCCCGCGCCUGGUCGUGCUCAACGUCUCCAAGAACGCGCUCAGGGGGCCCAUCCCGCUGGGCCUCGCCGCCUGCGCCGCGCUCGAGGUCCUCGACCUCAGCACCAACGCGCUCCACGGCGCCCUCCCGCCGGACCUCUGCGCGCUCCCCGCGCUCCGCCGCCUCUUCCUCAGCGAGAACCUGCUGUACAGCAACAUCCCGCCCGCCAUCGGCAACCUCACCGCGCUCGAGGAGCUCGAAAUCUACAGCAACAACCUCACCGGGAGGAUCCCCGUCUCCGUCUCCGCGCUCCAGCGGUUGCGCGUCAUCCGCGCCGGGCUCAACCAGCUCUCCGGCCCCAUCCCCGUCGACCUCACCGAGUGCGCCAGCCUCGAGGUGCUCGGCCUCGCGCAGAACAACCUCGCCGGGGAGCUUCCUAGGGAGCUCUCCCGCCUCAAGAACCUCACCACAUUGAUCCUCUGGCAGAACUACCUCUCUGGCGAGGUGCCGCCGGAGCUCGGCGAGUGCACCAACCUCCAGAAGCUCGCCCUCAACGACAACGCCUUCACCGGCGGCGUGCCCAGGGAGCUCGCGGCGCUGCCGUCGCUCUUGAAGCUCUACAUUUACCGGAACCAGCUCGAUGGCACCAUCCCGCCGGAGCUGGGAAACCUGCAGAGUGUCCUGGAGAUUGACCUCUCGGAGAACAAGCUCACUGGUGUCAUCCCCGCCGAGCUCGGCCGGAUAUCAACGCUCCGGCUACUCUACCUCUUCGAGAACCGUCUGCAAGGUACCAUCCCACCGGAGCUCGGCCAGCUGAGCAGCAUAAGAAGGAUCGACCUGUCUAUCAACAACCUCACCGGCACAAUUCCGACGGUGUUUCAGAACCUGAGUGCCUUGGAGUACUUGGAACUCUUUGACAACCAACUCCAUGGUGUCAUCCCUCCAUUGUUGGGAGCCAACAGCAACCUCUCAGUGCUCGACUUGUCAGACAACCAGCUGACCGGGAGCAUCCCUCCUCACCUCUGCAAGUACCAGAAGCUCAUGUUCUUGAGCCUCGGAUCGAACCACCUCAUCGGCAACAUCCCUCAAGGUGUGAAGACUUGCAGGACUCUGACACAGCUCUGGUUGGGGGGAAAUAUGCUGACCGGGAGCCUCCCCGUCGAACUGUCGCUGCUACAGAACUUAACAUCGCUUGAAAUGAACCAGAACCGGUUCUCUGGGCCGAUACUGCCUGAGAUCGGCAAGUUCAGGAGCAUUGAGCGGUUAAUUCUGUCCAGCAACUUCUUUGUCGGACAGAUUCCUGAUGCCAUUGGCAACCUGACGGAGCUUGUUGCCUUCAACAUUUCGUCGAACCAGCUCACGGGACCAAUCCCCUCGGAGCUAGCCAAGUGUAAAAAGCUUCAAAGGCUUGACCUUAGUAGAAACUCACUCACUGGAGUGAUUCCUACAGAGAUUGGUGGGCUGGGAAACCUGGAGCUGCUCAAGUUGUCUGACAACAGUCUGAAUGGAACCAUUCCAAGCAGUUUUGGGGGCCUUUCAAUGCUCAUAGAACUGGAGAUGGGAGGCAACCGUCUGUCUGGUCAGGUCCCGGUUGAGCUUGGUGAGCUCACUGCCCUUCAGAUUGCCCUAAAUGUCAGUCACAACAUGCUGUCUGGCGAGAUACCGAUGCAGCUAGGGAAUUUGCACAUGCUGCAGUACCUGUACUUGGACAACAAUGAGCUUGAAGGUCAAGUUCCUUCCUCAUUCAGUGACCUUUCGAGCCUGUUGGAGUGCAACCUGUCUUACAACAAUCUCGUUGGUCCGCUUCCCAGCACCCCUCUGUUCGAGCACUUGGACAGCAGCAACUUCCUUGGGAACAAUGGCCUUUGUGGUAUCAAAGGGAAAGCAUGUCCAGGUUCAGCAUCGUCUUACUCAAGCAAGGACGCAGCAGCGCAGAAGAAGCGCUUUCUCAGGGAGAAGAUCAUCAGCAUUGCUUCCAUUGUCAUUGCUUUGGUUUCAUUGGUGCUGAUUGCAGUCGUUUGCUGGGCCUUAAGAGCCAAGAUACCAGAGCUUGUAUCAAGUGAAGAGCGCAAGACAGGGUUUUCUGGUCCCCACUACUGCCUGAAGGAACGGGUGACCUAUCAGGAGCUUAUGAAAGCAACCGAGGACUUUUCAGAGAGUGCUGUGAUUGGAAGAGGUGCUUGUGGCACAGUUUACAAGGCUGUGAUGCCUGAUGGCCGGAAAAUCGCAGUCAAGAAGCUGAAGGCUCAAGGAGAAGGUUCGAACAUUGACAGAAGUUUCAGAGCUGAGAUAACUACACUUGGAAAUGUCAGGCACCGCAACAUUGUCAAGUUGUAUGGCUUCUGCUCCCAUCAGGACUCAAAUCUUAUCCUGUAUGAGUACAUGGCAAAUGGUAGCCUGGGAGAAUUGCUUCAUGGCAGCAAGGAUGCAUAUCUACUGGACUGGGACACGCGUUACCGGAUUGCUCUGGGUGCUGCUGAAGGCUUGCGAUAUCUUCACAGUGACUGCAAACCACAGGUCAUUCACCGUGAUAUCAAAUCAAACAACAUAUUGCUUGAUGAGAUGAUGGAGGCUCAUGUAGGGGACUUUGGUUUAGCCAAACUUAUUGACAUUUCCAACUCUGGAUCAAUGUCUGCUGUUGCUGGUUCAUAUGGCUACAUUGCUCCAGAGUACGCCUUUACCAUGAAGGUCACUGAGAAGUGUGAUGUUUAUAGUUUCGGGGUAGUUCUGUUGGAACUACUGACUGGGCAAUCCCCAAUUCAGCCUCUUGAGAAAGGAGGAGAUCUUGUGAAUUUGGUGAGGCGGAUGAUGAACAAAAUGAUGCCAAAUACAGAAGUGUUUGACAACAGACUGGACCUGAGCUCAAGGAGAGUCGUGGAAGAAAUGUCUCUGGUGCUAAAAAUUGCAUUGUUCUGCACCAAUCAGUCGCCAUUUGAUAGGCCUAGCAUGAGAGAAGUCAUUUCCAUGCUCAUCGAUGCUAGAGCGUCCUCCUAUGACUCAUUCUCGUCACCAGCAUCCGAGGCAGCUAUAGAAUAUGAUUCAUCCCCAAAGAUUUAG